AUGUUGUCCUCCACUCGCAGAGCGUUGCUCCACCUCCUCGUCCUCCCGCUGCUCGCGCAAGCGCAGGCCUCCUGGAACUUCACGGUCUCUUCCUAUCCCACACAGUGCGGUUCUCUAACUCUCAACUGGUCUGGAGGUGUCGCUCCGCACACGUUUACAUUCCUCGCUCUCGCCGGCACAGGGGUGAACUACACCGACUGGGGUGUAGGGCAAAGAGUGGACAUCACCCCAGAUGCGAACGACACGGUCCAACUGGAUUUCGUCCUUCCCUUCCCCUCCGGUGCCCCUCUUGUCGUCGUAGCAAGUGACGGAGAAGGGUGGGCUUCGGGCGGCACAAGCGCGCUCUAUACCGUGCAGUCUUCUCCAACAGGGGAUGGUAGCUGCCUCACCAAUACGACGAACACCGACUACCUCACGCUCGUGCCUACCUGGACCGACCCUCCCGUAGAGUGCACAACGAUGGAAAGCGUGUUCUACGACGUUGCCCUCCCCGUCCAGAUCCAGGUCGUCAUCCCCGGUGGUGACAGCUUCAUCGUCGAGUCUCCCCUCAGCAACGCCACCUCCAACAAUACCGACCCAGAGUUCACCCCACCAACGAUGUACACCCUAUUAUGGCCCAUGCCUGUACCGGAUCAGACUGAGCUCGCAUACGUCGUCUCCGACGCCAAUGGCCAGUUGUUCGUCUCCGGCUUGACGACCGUGCAGGCGGGGAACACCUCCUGUCUGCAGAGCGGGGAGUAUGCAGUCACGGCCUCCCCAUAUGCUGGACCUGUCGCUACGUCCUUAUCAAAUGCGGGCACGGCGAACACCAAAGCCAUUAUUGGAGGCGUCGUUGGCGGAGUGUGCGGGGCGAUGGUGUUCGCCAUCCUCGGCCUGUGCCUCGUGCACCGGCGCAAUAGGCGCAAGCGCCAAGCACAGCUGAAGAGGAACAUCUCCUUGCUCUCGUAUCCAGACAUCAAGAGGCUGAGGGUGGACGAAGAUGAUAAGGAAGUGCUGGUCCAAAAGGGUGGGGGGGAGAGGCAUGGUGCAGACUGGGAGAGGAAGGAGAAGAAGUUGCUCCCGGAACUCCCCCAAGCGCAUCGCAAGCCCGUUACUGCAAACUGGACGAGAGAGGAUGUUAGGCCGACGGAACAACAGAGCAGGCAAGAGCACCGAUCGAUAGAACAGCACAACAGACCGGUGGAGCGCCGUCCAAUGGAACAUCAGCGUAGACCGUCGGAACAGCAGUAUAGGCCGGCAGAACAACAAUACAAGCCGACAGAACUGCAGCAGCACAAACCGACUGAAGUACAACAGUACAGACUUGCAGAGCAACAACAACACAGGCCCACAGAGCAACAACAAUACAGGCCGGAAGCGCAAUACCAGCCCAGGACCGCAGAGCAACAACAACCCAGGACCGCAGGGCAGCAACAACAGUCCAGGCCAUCAGAGCAGCAGCGCCGAGCGGUGGAGCAACAAUACAGGCCGGCAGAGCAACCUCGCAGGUCGACAGAACAACAACGUCAGUCAACAGAGCAGCACAACAGGCCCGCAGAGCAUCACAGACCAGCCGCAGAAUGGGAAAGGAGAGAAUCAGCCCGUCCCACGGAACAACACGCCAGGCGUAGCUCCGAAAGGGAAAGGCCACCAGUCAGGUCGGGAGAACAGUACAGGAAAGCUCCUGAAUGGGAGAGGCGGGAUGGGGUCAGAAGACCUGAGCAGGCGGUGAGAAGCGACUAUGACCAUCAGGCUGGAAGGGGGAGGUCGUGA